UUGACAAAACUUGCUCAAACUGUGUAGAUACAGUAUUAACUAUUUAUUGUAGUUAAGGAAAAUAAAUGUAUAUCCCUCUCUAUAAUGAGACUAAAAGACGAUAUUUCUGUCGACUUUCAGUCACGAAGCUGUGCGUCGUCACCGUGUCGCUGCCGCUGUUCGCGUUCAUAACUUGCGUUUUGAUGACUAUGUACAAAGAUUUUCAAAAUGCGAAUAAAACACACUGUGAUGUGCCGAAUGUGUUCCCGUCUAUAUCAGCGUCCAUAGGGAACUAUGAGCCUCAAAGUUCGAUAUGGAGAUCGGCUGUUUACGCUCACGCGCCUAUGCGCUUUUUCAUAAUUUACCUGAGAUGGGAGUAUUACAGGAACGUUAUAAGCGAUAAGCUAGAAAUAAUUAUCAAAUUAGCAGUAUUGUUAAACAUUAUAGAAAAUUUAUCUUUAUUAGGACUUACACAUUGGACUUCAUCCCUGCAUUAUCCAUAUCAUGAAUUUUGCUUCAAAAUGUUCAUUGGGACAUCAGUGUUCUACAUGUUGUUCACGUGCAUGAUGCUCACCAAGUACCGACGGAAAGCCACCGUGUCCAGCUCCGAGAUGCAGUCCGUCAAGCUCAAGUGGAGAGCUUUUGUGGUCAACAUCGGCUCUUUCGCCUUCGCUGCAUACUUCUUCCUGAGGCAUAACAGAUUGUGUGAACCUUAUGUGUAUUCGCUGUUUGGGUUCUCGGAGUACAUCGUAGUGAUCAGCAACAUAAUGUUCCACCUGACAACGGUGUACGACCUCCGAAGGCAGUUCCUGUGCGUAUCCCUUAGAGGAAUCCAUUUGGAAUAAGAGUAUUACAA